AUGCCUUUGGAGGCUUUCCGUGAUCCAAACAGUCAAUACCCAAGGUCUCUACUUUUACCUGCUAGUGGGAGUGGAGCAAAUUUGGAGGCUUUAGUUUCGCGCAACUUGCUCAGAGACGAAGAACGCAUGAAUCCAAUUCUCCACAUGGCAGAACUGAAUCCGAAUUUCGGUCCAAAUAUUAUGAAUACCACUCUAAUGGAAAGGUCGUCCAUUUCAAGACCCACUUUGGCUACUGAUGCUGCUAUUGCAGCUUAUUUGGAGAGUCAUGGCAUCCGUAAUAUGGAGCCUUACACCAGCCUGCCUUCAACUCCCAUGUCAUUUUCUGGCAACAGCUUUAUGAAUGUUUCUCAAAAUGAUGAAAUGUUUCCUCAUUUAUUUCAAGACAAACAGAAGCAGAAAAAAAGGCAGCAGCCAGGAAAUUCUAAAGGUCCUAAAGAGCUAUGCAAGACGAAACCUAAUUGUCGGGCUUCAUCUUCUGCUAAAGUAAAGAAGGAGCGCGGCCCUCUUACACCAAGCCCAAAGAAAAAAAGAGUAGAACAUAACCAAGAGAACAUCCAGCAGCAGCAGGUGGUUAUUGAUAAAAUAUUGUGGAACGAGUUUCAGGCCCGUAAUACACUGAUAACAUCAAUGGCUGAGAAGUAUGGGCUUCAGAAUGAGCUGCAAAAGCCGAUUUUACAUUCAGCUCUCCAGUUCAGGGGGUUUAAUUUGCCGCCACCGAAUCAGAUCAUGAGAACUACUUUACAGGAUCAGGUUAAUCUACAAAUGGCUUUUAUGCCUUUUCUUGAGGGUGGUAUUUGUUCGAGGCGUUUGAAGCAGUACCUAUAUCAUCUGAGGAACAACACUCAUGACAAUAGUAUUUCCUACUGGCAGAAGUUUGUAUCAGAGUACUAUGCUCCUAACGCGAAGAAAAGGUGGUGUUUCUCUAAUUAUGAAGAUAUACAGCUGCAGGCAACUGGUGUUUUCAACACAAAAUCUAUGGAAGCAGCAGGGUGCUGUGAAAUAUGUUGUUUACGAUCAGGCAAGGAACUCGAGGCAACUUUUGACAUAAUUCCUAGACUGUUCAAGACGAAGUUCGAGAGUGGAAUGGUUGAUGAAAUUUUAUUUGUGGAUACACCUCGAGCAUACAAAUAUCCAAAUUUUCUGGUACUGGAAUAUGGGAAAGCCAUUCAGGAAAGCGUUUAUGAAAAGUUGCGUGUCGUUCAUGAGGGUAAACUUCGGAUUGUCUUCAGAUAUGACUUGAAGAUAUUAUCUUGGGAAUUUUGCGCACAAAAACACGAGGAGUUUCUGCUUCGUAGAUGGAUAACUCCCGAGGUUAAUCAAUUGAUGCAGGCAUGCCAGGCAUUUCAACGUGACAUCCAGAGAGAUGCAUCUUUUAGGGUCUCAUCAGCGAAUUUGCAAACACUUUGUGAUACAUUCGUUUCAGCAGGGAAUCAACUAGUAAGAAAUACGGAAGCACCACUGGUGGAUGACUUGGGAUAUCCCAAACGAUUUGUUAGGUGCUUGCAGAUAGCUGAAGUGAUGGAUAGCAUGAAAGAUGUCAUGAAUCUGAGUCUUGAGACUGGAAUUGGACCAAUAGAGUGCUUUAACAAUAUCUUCUUUCGAGGCACCAACACUCCUUAUCAGACACGUGCUCAAAAUCUACCAUCAUUCCACGACCAGCCUAGCCCGAGAUUUCAUGCAGAUAUCCGUCAACUGUCCGAAAACAGCUCCAUGUCAGAUGCUGGAAGCUCAGGCCUGCCUUUUGUGACACAAAACUCUUCUGCUGCAUCUGUGAGACGAAUAGGACAAGAAGGGCCGAGCUCGACAGGUCAUUCCAGCCGGGCUGCUCAAUCUUCAGACUCCUCCCGUUCAAAGAACCCUCACCAAGCUGCAGUUGAAAAGUUGCUUCAUGAGAUGGUGUCUGCAAACCGGGUCAAGACUGUGAACAACAAAUAUGAAACUGUGCAAAAACCGAACCAAUUAUGUGGGAAAAGGAACGGGCCAUUUUAUGGAGAAAGCUCUGUUGCUCCCUCUGUGCAGUCGAAUCCGGCAAAUGCUGCAUCAAGAAGAAGUAAUGUACACCUCUCUAAGCCCGUUAGCCGGAGCGUAACGGUUAAAUCAGAACCAUGUUCGCCGGAGCUGCUGCCGGAAGCUUUUCAGAGUUCGGAAUUAGGGUUUGUUAAAUUCGAGGACAUGGAUGUAUGA